AUGGGGGGUCUUGUCAGAGACUCCACAGGUACGUGGGUGCAAGGAUAUUACGCAGGCACCAUUGGUGGAGACCCUCUAAAGGCUGAAAUCGAGGCCUUGAAGUUGGGAUUGAUCAUGUUGUGGGACGCAAAUUUGAGGAGUGUUAUUUGUGAAGUUGAUUGUCUCGAAAUUGUACAGACUUUAGUUAGCAAUAACUAUCAGUUACACACACAUGCCUCACAUCUGCUUCAUUUAAAGCUUAUCUUGGAUCGCGAUUGGGAUGUGGAGCUCCGACAAAUCUCAAGGGAUGCCAAUGAAGCAGCGGAUUGUCUUGUUGGUUUAUGUAGUCGCCUUCAAUGUCACUAUACUAGUCUUGAGGUUCCUCCUCAUGAGCUUUGUCCCAUGUUAGCUAGAGACUUGCUAGUCUUGUAG